CUCGCUGGCUCGGUGCGCUCGCUUCUUAUUCUCCAUCAAUCCCAAAAGCCCAAAGCCUAAUUUUCCAAGAAAAUAAAUGUUAAAAUCCCUAAUUUUUUCAUUAAUCAUAUAAUUUCAAUAGCACUUCUCGCUAGAUCCUAUCUUCAACGGCUACAAAUUCGCCUCUGUUUUGAUCGGAAAUCUGAGAGAAAGAGGGACAGGGAUCGGACGGCACUCGAUCUCCAGAUUCUCUCCGGAACUUUAAAGCUGUUCACUUUUCUUGGAGGGGCAUAUUGGAAUUUUACCUUAAAAAGCUCCAUAUGGAAGUGGCUAGAAGCUGAGGGUGGAUCAGAAGUUCCAAAAAUUUUCAGACCCCACCCGAUGUGAGCUCCAGAAGAUAGGGGGGAGGUCUUAUAUUUAUUAGGCAAUAUUGUUAUCCCUGAAAAGACCCAAAACCCAGAAGGCUACUCAUAUAAAUAUGGCUUUAUAAAGUGACAAUCUCUCAAGGUUGGAAGAUGGCCUUUUAUUCUGAAGAAGAAAAAUCUGAGGAUUACCUCUUCAAGAUUGUUUUAAUUGGUGAUUCAGCUGUUGGAAAAUCAAACUUGCUUGCAAGAUUUGCUAGAGAUGAGUUCUACCCUAAUUCAAAGUCAACAAUAGGAGUGGAGUUCCAAACCCAAAAGAUGGAUAUCAAUGGAAAGGAAAUCAAGGCUCAGAUCUGGGACACAGCAGGUCAAGAGCGAUUCAGGGCUGUUACAUCUGCAUAUUAUAGAGGUGCAGUUGGAGCUCUUCUUGUGUACGACAUCAGUAGACGCCAGACAUUUGAUAACAUUGCCAGAUGGCUUAAUGAACUUCAAACGCACUCCGACAUGAAUGUUGUCACGAUACUUGUUGGCAAUAAGUCUGAUCUCAAGGAUGCGAGGGAGGUAUCGACUGCUGAAGGCAAGGACUUGGCAGAAGCACAGGGUUUGUUUUUUAUGGAAACAUCUGCUCUUGAUUCCUCCAAUGUAGCCGCCGCUUUUCAGACAGUUGUGACAGAGAUCUACCAUAUAUUAAGCCGAAAAGUGAUGAUAUCUCAAGAGCUCAAGAAACAAGAUCCUACCUGGAUGGGAAAUGGAAAAACUGUGGUGGUCUUGCAGGGAGGGAACCAAGAAGCAGCUGUAGAGCCUAGAAAAGGUUGGUGUUGCUCAUCUUGAAGCUACACGCCAUGUCUCUCAUCUUUUUGCUGGUCUCCCAAGCCUAAAUUUUCUAGUCAAUCUCCACACUUUUCUUCUUCAUCUGAUCAAAUUUUUUUAUUUUAUUUAAAAUGUCAAUUUAAACAUCACUUGUUCUGAGUCAAUGAUGGCUGAAUAGAAAUUGGGGUAGAGUAAGUGACUUGUAAUGGGAUUAAGAAAAUUAUAUUUUACAAUGUUCAAAUUUCAUAUCUACUCAUUAUGUUUUUAUUUA